CACCGAGCCCUAGAAAAUUUAUUUGAGCAGGAGGUGGGCCAAAAUGGGGCAAACUUUCGUUAGAAUUAUUUCCUGCAACGACACAAUGUGAAAACGCAACAAAACGGUCGAAAAGCACGACUUUGUCUCGGUGCAAAUCACGUAGAAAUCCGCAAUUUUCAGCCGAAUUUUCGGUUGAGGGGUAGAUCUAGCUCGAACAUUUCGGAGAAGCGGGAUUUCGUUGUUAGAGAGCAGUUUCUACAAAUCUUAGACCUUGUAUCUGAUCCUCGACUGGUUCAUACUUCUUUCAGUUGUGAGCUUGAUUUCUUCAUUUUCAACAUCGAAUAAAAGCUCGAUUUUGAACUCUAAAGCGCUCAAAUCAACGGUUUAUUUAAGCCCCACCUUGUUAAAAUCCACCUGGUUCUGCAAAUGAUUUUCAGGCAGGCGAUUUAGCCAGAAUUUUUAGAAAACAGGCGAGUUUGAAGCAAAUUGGAUCAGGAGGGCGAGUCGCAUGGAGAAGGUUGAUUCUGACAGAAGGCUUUACACUCGGAUGCGAUUAUGGGAACAUCCUGAUCAAUACGUCAUUGAGCCUGCUGAUGGCCCCUUCGAUUCCUUUUUAGCAAUCAGCCGUGUAGAUGGAUCUCUCAACAUGAUUGGAGAGCUUCCUCAAUGUGGUUCGACCCCAGCCCCCAAAAUGCGGACUAUUUAUGGCUUGGUUGGAAUGCUAAGACUCUUGGCAGGGGCAUAUAUGGUAGUAAUCACAGAAAGAGAGUGUGUUGGAUCUUAUUUGGGAUACCCCAUGUUCAAGGUUUCGAACCUUCAGAUUUUUCCAUGCAAUCAUGCUCUCAAAAUCUCAACAGCAGAACAGAAAAAAAUGGAGACUGAGUUUGCUGUGCUCCUAAAUGCUGCAGAGAGAACUUCUGGGCUCUACUUUUCUUAUGAUGUAAAUCUGACACUCAACAUGCAACGUUUACAUGAUCUGGGUGAUGAGUCAAAGGCGCUUCCCCUUUGGAAGCAGGCAAACCCUAGAUUUUUUUGGAAUAAUUAUAUGUUGGAAGUUCUCAUAGACAACAAGCUUGAUCCAUACCUAUUGCCUGUCAUUCAAGGAAGCUUUCAGAACUUUCAAGCCACUGUUGGAAAGAACAUUGCUGAUGUUACCUUGAUUGCUAGGAGAUGUACAAGAAGAACCGGAACCCGUAUGUGGAGAAGAGGGGCUGAUUCCGAUGGCUAUGUUGCUAACUUUGUAGAAACUGAGCAGAUUUUAUUUUGCAACGGCUUUUCUGCUUCUUUUCUACAGGUUCGAGGAUCUAUUCCAUUACUAUGGGAGCAAAUUGUUGAUUUGACAUACAAACCUAAAUUUGAGGUUGUGAACCCUGAGGAGGCGCAUGGCAGUGAGGGCCGCUUGAGUCAAAUAUUUGCCAAUUUGAUGCAAAAUAUUGUUAAUGAGUCUAUAAGAUAUGUGCAAUUGGACUUUCAUCAAAUAUGUGGCCAUAUCCACUUUGAACGCCUUUCUAUUCUUUAUGAUCAAAUCUCUGAUUACCUCAUGAAACACAGAUACUGUUUAUUGAAUGCGAAAGGAGGGAAGCUUGAUGAACAAUUGGGACUUGUUAGGACCAAUUGCAUUGAUUGUUUAGACCGUACUAAUGUCACUCAGAGCAUGAUUGGGAGGAAAAUGUUGGAAAACCAACUCCAACGAAUAGGGGUUUUCAGUGACGAUGAGUCUAUACAUAAAUAUCCAAGUUUUGAUGAGGGCUUCAAAAUCAUGUGGGCUAACCAUGGAGAUGAGAUAAGCAUCCAGUAUUCAGGAACCCCUGCAUUGAAAGGAGACUUUGUCAGAUAUGGGAAGAGGACCAUCCAGGGAAUCUUCAAUGAUGGACGGAAUGCACUUGCUCGUUAUUACUUAAACAACUUCUGUGAUGGCACAAAACAGGAUGCCAUUGAUCUUCUGCAUGGACAUUAUAUUGUUGCUGUUAACCGAGACAUGACUUCGUCAUUGCAAGGAGGAGGCUUUGAGGCUCUAGCUUCAUUCCCACUGGCUUCAGCAUUGGUUCUAGCUGGUGUCAUGCUUGCAACCAUGUCGUUGAGGCAAGCUCGAAAUGAUGCUCGGCACUUAUUACUGUCUGUUGUGUGGGCUGGUGUUAGCCUGAGUAUAAUGGCAUUUGUCAAAGCGAAUGGGAGGUUAUUUUGUAACAGGCCUCGUCUACAUAAGCCGCGGCAGUGAGAUAGGAAACUUGCCUUGAUACUGUUUCCUUAAGGGGUUGUCCAUUAAAGUCCGAAUGCAUCGUAUUGAAACAGAAGCAUCGUCUUCCCAGGGUCAUUUUCUAGUUUCCUUCUUUUUUCAAUCAGUUAAAAAGAUCAAAUGGAAAUGGCUAUAUUUGAUAUGCUGUUUCCCUGAGCUCAUUUGAUUUUAAAUUUUGUGGAUUAGCCAUGUAGUUGUUAUCUACAUGCCUUUGUACAUGCUUUUUUGUGGGUCUAAGUGGGAAUGGUUCCUUACAUGGGACUUAAUCAUGAAUUUUGUUGGAAGUACUGCACUGUAACCUUACUCGGUGCGAUUGUGGAA